AUGACAAGCUGUGAGAUAAACUCAAAUAGCCAAACAGAGAAAGAGUUUGGAAUUUGUAUUGGGCAUUGUCCUAAUGGGUAUAACAUCACAAAGAACGGGUUUUGUAUGAAGUUGUUUGCUGACAAAAAAGUGAAACAAAAUGCCGCAGAACAGCAGUGUCAGAAAGAUGGUGGACAUCUGAUAAAUAUAGACUCGGAAUUUAAGUUAGAAGAUGUUAGUAGUCUUCUUACAGGCUUCAGUAUUGAUACAGGAAUCUGGAUAGACGGACAUCGUAAAGAUGUAAAUUCCCCAUGGAAGUACACAUAUGGAUCUCAAAAAGGAUUCUUCAAGUGGUACCCGAGUCAGCCAACCAACGGAUCAAAUGAACUUUGUUUGGUUAUUGCUUUGUACAGUCACGGCGUUAAGUGGUAUGAUGUGGCAUGUACAAAUUCAUAUUAUUCAAUGUGUGAAAUUUGA